UACUUCGCUCGCGUUCUUGUUACUGGAUCUCUUUCUAACGCACUGCGCUGAUUCUAUCCGUCUCUUUCUUUCUACCGUAUCUGCCUACCAAAAGCUGCCGGCAAUAGCAGUGAGUCGGUAAUUUUCGUACAUUGUCUAGCAAGCGAAGAAGGUUUGCGUGUCCACAAUAAAAAGGUAAACAGUGCUGCACAAAUCGUUCCGACCGUAGAUCUUCAAACACUUUUUCUGACCGGUGGACAGCAAACGGAGAAAGAAUAACGAUCGCAAUGGUUAAAAUAGAAGACUUCAAGCUGGCCUGUGAGUUGGUGGGCCACAAGCUAGAUGUUCGCGCCGUAGCUGAAGGUCCGGGCUUUGUUGUGUCUGGUUCGCGUGAUAAAACGGCAAAGGUUUGGGAAGCGUUCGGCAAUCGUUAUGAAGACAAGGAAACGCUCAACAGCCACACCAAUUAUGUCGGUGCGGUGCUGGUAGUGGAAUCAAACGGAUGGAUCUGUACGGGCAGUAACGAUGCAACUAUUUGCAUUUUUCCAUUCCCUGGCAGUGGUUCAGCCGCACCGAUCGGUGUACUAAAGGGUCACACGUCGACCGUUUGUGCGUUGGCUGCGGGUCACAAUGCCACAACGCUUAUCUCUGGCAGUUGGGAUAAAACGGCCAAAAUCUGGACCAAUGCACCCGGUUCGAAUGCGAACAUUACCCUGGUCGGGCACGAGGCAGCUGUGUGGGCUGUGGCCUGUCUUCCGAACGGCAAGUACGUGUCCGGAUCGGCAGACAAAAACAUCUUCGUGUGGAACGAACGAGGGGAGAAGCUGGUGGUACUGAAGGGCCACAAGGAUUGUGUGCGUGGCCUGUGUCCGUUGCCGAAGGGUGGAUUUUUAAGCUGUUCGAACGAUGCCACCGUACGGCACUGGAACGAUACGUACGAGUGUGUGAAAGAGUUUCAUGGACACAGUAACUACAUUUAUAGCAUCGGCCGAUCGGAUGCGUGGGGUGAUGAAGUGUUCAUUACUGGUGGCGAGGACAGUACCAUACGCAUGUGGCACCUGCGGGAAGGGGCUCUCGGUGAUGCGCUUCAAAUGCCGGCCCAAUCGGUGUGGGCUGUUGCUGGGCUAAGGAAUGGAGAUAUUGUUGCCGGUACAAGUGAUGCGAUCGUGCGCGUAUUUACGCAAAACCAGGAACGCACAGCACCCGAGGAAUCGUUGGCCGCGUACCGGGUAGCGGUCGAGGUUCGCCAAUCGGAAUCGGCCAAACAGCUGGGCGGUAUGAAUGUGAACGAUCUGCCCGGUCCAGAAUCGCUGCUGUCGGAAGGGCGCGAUGGGCAGACGCGUAUCGUGCGACACCCGAACGGCAAGAUUCUCUGUUACCAGUGGACCAACGGAAAGUGGGAUUGUGUCGGCGAUGUAAUGGGUGCCAGCGAUGGGGACACGGGGAAGCAGCUGUACGAGGGCCGUGAGUACGAUUACGUGUUUUCGGUCAACCUUUCAGACGAUGCGCCCAAUCUGAAGCUACCCUACAACCGUGGUGAGGAUCCGUGGUUUGUGGCGCAACGGUUCAUCCAUAAACAUAAUCUGCCCCAAGCGUACCUCGACCAGGUGGCUAACUUUAUCGUGAAAAACUCAGACAGUGCCCCGGUGGCGAGUGCGAUCGCGAAUAGUUACUACGAUCCGUUCACGGGCGGUUCCCGGUACGUGCCCGGUUCUUCCGGUGGCCAAUUUCAACCUUCCUCGGCCAAUACCGAUCCGUUUACGGGUGCGUCGAGCUACACCACGCAAACACCAAACGUGGCCGUGGCGCCAAAUGCGAGUAGCGGAGCGGCAAAUGGAAACGGUGGCAAUUUGGAUCCGUUUACCGGUGCAUCCAGCUACACGACAGGAUCGACGGAUGUGAAGAAAAGCAACACACACUUCCCACACCGGCAUUACAUUUUGCUGGAGAAUGCUGAUUUGGCCAAGGUGCUUAUAAAGUUGAAAGAACUGAAUGGUAACCUCGAGGAUCAGAGCCUCCGGAUGUCGGACGAAACGCUGAACGAUAUUGUGCGGUACGCGGGCGAGGUAAUGACGUGUGGCGAACAGAAUUCGGCCUGUCUCACAGCGCUGAAGUUCCUGUACACCACCUGGCCGACGGAGAAACUCUUCCCGAUCAUGGAUAUUACGCGACUGAUCGUGCGUGAACCGCGCGCCUGUCAGGAACUGUUCGAGGAUGCUACCUUCAUGGAAACGUUCCUGCAGCACACGAACCAUUUGCCGGCGAACCAGCUUAUGUCCGCACGGUGUUUCGUCAACAUGCUAGCUCACCAACCGGGACGGAAUGUGGUGGUGGAAAACAUUCGUACCAUCGUCGAUCGGUUCGGUUCGGUGCGCGGUGGAUGCAGUGCGAAUCUGCAGAUUGCAUUGGCCAGCUUCUAUCUGAACCUUACCAUGACUCAACUCGACAAAGUUUCGUCGGUGGAAUUUUGCAAGGUGCUUGCCGGUACGGCCGGUGAGCUGUUGUGCUGGUUAACGGACAAUGAAGCAACGUACCGUGGCUACCAGGCGCUCGGCAAUCUGUUGAGCAUCCCCGGUCCGGGCAUGAGUGCGAUAGCGGAAACGCUGAAGGCAAACAGCACCUUAACGGAUAAGAUACUGUUCAACAUUAGCAGUGAAGUGCCGAAUUUUGUAAAGUUAAACGAAUGUGCUAGCUACCUGUACGAGCUGUUGGUAUGAAGCAGCAUGGCGAUCUUUACAACCGACAUGGCGAUCAUCGGAAGAUCAGCUAUUGAUUAGACUCGAUUAAAGAAUGGUAGGCGUAAAAUAAAAGUCACUCUCGUUAGCAAAAGGGAAA